ACGAUGUAGGUUCGGCCAAGACUUGCGUCUGCACUUUUCUACGUAAUCUUGUACAAUUACUCGACCGCAUCUCCCGCUCCAGGCCAGCAGCAGGUACAUGUACCGGCACUCCCUGGCCUCGAAUCAGAGAGACAAAAAGAGUCCAGCCUCCCCUUCCAGCGUCCCACGACGGCUUCAAUCGCCGGUUUGCCCAGCCUCGCCUCCUGGGCAAGUCCGCAAUACAGCCCUUGACCCAGAUAAUUCGACGUCCACUCCUCUCCCGCAGCUCUCCGCCCUCGCCAAAGCCUCCUCGCCAUGUUCUCUACCAAAUCAGCCCAGUCCCUCCGGAACCUCUUCGCCAGCUACCACGAACCCCCGUCCAUCUCCAAGCAGCAGUCGCAAAAGCUGCUCGACGGCCUCAAGGCCUCCUUCCGCAGCCAUCUCGACCGCGAAUACGGCCGCUCGUCCUCCGACAGCGCUCCCGCGCCCGCCAACGCCGGAGAUGCCCUCGAACCCCAGAGCAACACCGCGCGCCGCCGCUCCGCCGCGACUCUGCACUUGAAAUCCAUCCUAGCGAACCCCUUGUUCAGCUACGACGGCAACAAACAGAAUACUGCUGCUGCUGCAGCUGCCGCUUCUCACUUGCCCAAGGCGCUGUGGGUGCCGGACCGCGAUCCCAUGGAUGUCUUUGAUCAUGCGGUUUCGCGGGGCAUGAUGACGCUCAAGGCGGCCACGGGCUGCUUGGUGGCCAAGGGGCAGCAGAUGGGCGAGGGCCACGCACCUGUCGCGGGCUCGGAUACGGCACUGCGAGUUGUCCGGUGGCUUCGGUCGUCUGGCGCGGAGAGCAGCCUUCAGUUUCUGGACAGGCCAGCCUUUGUUCAGGCGCUGGCGCCGUUCCUAGUGGCCGAGAAGAUGGAAGGGAUAGCGUGGGAAUGGAUCACGCGGACAAUGAACGAGCCGGCAGCAAACAUUAGCGAGGAGCAGCGCAUCGCCCGUGCGUCGUCUUUGUUGUCGCAGCUGGUCCGCAUCAAGAGCCAAUCUCACUACGGGAACCUCGACGCCGCCAUCCAGGCCAUCCUCGAAGCAGAGCAGCUCUUCCAGCACAGCCCUCUGCUUCCGAAGCUGCUGGUCCAGCCGUGGAGGUCCGUAUCCUGGCUCUCCACCGUCGAGGCGUACAGCAGAGCGAUGCCCACGGAGAAGCUGUUCGAAGCGCACAUGGCCACGGCGCAACGGCUCCCACGACCGUUUCCGGUCGAAACCGCGCAUCUGCACCUGCACCACCCAACGCACCCCGACCACGCUCCCGCCAUGCGAUUCUUCAACGACAAGAAGAGGCUGCGCAAGCUGGUGCAGGCGCUGGGCCCCGAGAAGGUGAACCUCGCCAAGUUUACGGGCAUGGGCACGAUACCGUGGAUCGCCUUUUUGGGCCACGACACGGUCAAUCACCUGCAGCAAUCUGGGAGGAGCGAGGAGGCACGGGGCAUUACGAACAUUUUGCGGUCUGAGCUGUCAGAUAUAUUUGCCGAGACGUUGACGCCAGCUUGAUGCCGAGGCAGAGAGGGGCCUGGUAGCGUCGUUUUCUUGUUUUGUAACAUUCUCACGAUUAUUGAGUCAUGUUUGGGUUAUUGGGUCAUGGACAAGGCGCAUAGGAGCAGAUUUUGGUCGUUAUUUUGGAUACCCUGC